AUGAUUACUUGCGGAAAAAUUGGUGUUGCUAACAAAUGUAUUCGUCAGGAGAUAAUUGAAAUCACAUCAUUAGACCAAAAGAAGGACAAGCUUCUUGAGUUGCUUGAAGUUGAUUUAAAGUCGUACACCGCACACAAAGGUGCGUAUUAUCUUCAUACCUUUGAAGUACUUGGUUUUAUUUUUGAUUUUAUCCCAUCAGUUACAGAUGCGGAGGUGUUCAAAAAGAAAACCAUGGUUUUCGUAUCACGCAAGGUCCUCGCCGAUACUCUUGGUGUGCUUCUGUGUCAAGCAGGAAUCCCAUCUACUACUAUUCAUGGAGAUCGGGGACAAAACUUACGAGCUGAAGCUAUAAACGACUUCAAAUAUGGUCGUAAACCUGUGCUGAUUGCGACAGCCGUUGGCGAACGUGGUUUGGAUAUCAAAGGCGUGGACCAUGUGAUUAAUUAUGAUCUUCCAACAAAUGGAGAAGAUUACGUGCACCGCAUUGGAAGGACGGGAAGAGUUGGUAAUCCCGGAAGAGCCACCUCGUUCUAUUAUUCACCCGAUGACAGACAGCUGGCGCAGAGUCUUGUCGAGAUUCUUACAGAGGCCGGGCAGGUGGGGCACACACCGAGCAUACUAAUGCAUGCGUAUCACUUGUUGCAUCAUUAUGAUGUGCCUGAAUUCCUUAGUUUGGAGGCUGGCACAAGCUCCAGCACUUUUGCCGGUUUUGGUGGUGUUGGAAAUGGUGGAGCGGCAACUCCCGAAGAGGAGGAAUGGAUUUAG